UAACAUGAUUGCAUUUGCAGAGACAAGUCAAGUAGGCCGGCUAUAUAAAUAAGAAAUAAGCACAAAAUGACAUGGAUAAUGGCUCAAGGUCGUGUAUAUUUUACAAUUGGCAAUGAGCUGACGUGUACAACGUGUAAUGGACAAAAGAUUGAAGGAGAAGUUAUAGCCUUCGACCAGCAGACAAACAUGCUAGCUCUUAAAUGCCAAAACAGCAAGCAGAAAGGCAACACCUGUGACGUUCAUUUCAUCAAUCUAUUGUAUGUUGAUGAUGUGAGCCUCUUGCCAGAAAAGGAAGCUAAACCUCUAGCACCUCUCAGCAAUCUCAACUUUCAACGACUGAACCAAAGACUUUCAAAGACAAAGAUGGAAAAGGUUAAGAAGGUGAACUCAGUCGGGCAAAACGUUACAUCAGAAGCACAGCAGUUGUUUUACCAUAUCAACAAAACGAUUGAUGACAUUGCGUGGAGAGGACAGAAUAUCACCGUGAUGGGAGAAGUAAGGAUAUCAGCCCCCUACACACCAGACAGCUGCCGAUCUCUGUCGAAUGUUAGCGACCAUGCCCUCCAGCAUGUCAGAAAACUAGUUGAGAAAUUCCACACAGACAAAUGUAACUCGGUUAUCUGCCUGGAGGAAGCAUCACCGGUCACAGAGGCUCAGUCGGACUCUGACCGUGAAGUUUCCCAAUAAACUAUAUUGCCCAUUCCUUUCCCAACGAACAGGAAUGAUUUCAAGUAUUUUCACGAUCUCUGAUCUCUCCACUCUUAUCAUUCAGACUAGGAAAACCUGUGUUGGAAUUUUAAUUUGUAAACAAUGUAGUUUACAUUCUAAAAAUAUUAUCAUAGUAAAAUGUGUUGCCCUAUGUUAAUUUCUUAGUAGGUAUGUGUCUAGAGUAAUGUUGAAAAUUAUCACAUUUUAUUUAUUGAAGCCCUAAAGAAGAUUUUAUACAGAAAUAUUAUUGAUAAAACCAAAAUUGUAGAUCUGUGCUGUAAACUUAAAUGCAAUUAUAUUUUGUAAACGCUAUCCUGUCCUAUGUGUUAUUCGUAUCUACUGCAUUAUAUGCACUUUUUUAAAUCUGGGAAAAAAACACUUAUUGUUUUAAUGCUAUGUGAAAGUGAAUGAUCUGAUUGACUUAUUCCGUGACAUUCCUUUCAGUUGAGAUCGAUUUGGUUAGCCACAUGUCUUUGUGUGUUUAUAUAUGUCAAUAGAAAGUUUUCCGUUCUAUUUUUUAUAAGGUUUGUGAACGACUGUUAGAUUUCUGUGGUUUUGUGCGUGUAUGUCUUCUCCUGCUCGUAUUUAUGGUGCGGUUGUGUAGUCACAAAUUCGUUCAAAAAUUAGUUGAGGGUGUGAGUUGCUGUUAGUCAGGACAGUCAGUGGAAGACAUUUGAGGCAGCAAUGGAAUGCCAUUAGUGAGAAGGAAACACGUGGAAGGGCAUGGGAAGCAGUAAGUAAGCCUGAUGAUGUCUCUGUUUGCCAUAUCAGUGUCACGACACCGUGCAUGAAAUCUAUUGACAUAAGAUAAAUGUUGCUGAAUUGCUGAAGGGUAUUUUGUAGUUGUUUUGUAAGAAUGUCAAAUGUAAGAACAGUCAUUAAACUGAGAUCAGGAAGAUGAUAGAUACUGCAAUAUUUACAGAUACAAACUACUGAAUCUUUCACGGAAUGUUGUAGUUUGUGAUUGGGCAACAUAUCAUUGUCUGGUUAUAUUCUAAUUGCGAGAAACAAUUAUUGAGAGAAUGCACCAUAUAUGAGGGUUAUUACCUUCUGGAAACUGACGGUCCAUGUCCUAGGUUUUACUGGAGCUACACAAACAGUCCAGCACGUUGCAGAUGCGUUAAAUUUGUAUUUUUUUAAAUAGCUCAUGUGUGCGUGUGUGUAUAUGCAUGCCUCUGAUAAUUACAUAUUGUCAUGUUAAAGCAGCUAUCUGGCCAGAACCGUGAAAUUUCAUUUAUUUUCCUACUCACAUGCCGUGUAGUUUAUCAUCUCAUAACAUAAAUUGGCCACAUUCUCGUCAUUGUACAUCUUUUAAGACUGUAGUGUACUUCAUAAAUACACACAAGAUCAAUAAAACCAGGCAAGGUAGAAUAUUUGAAAACCAAAAUAGAAAUUACUACAAAAAUGCAAAAAUGCUGUGGCGCUAUCGAGCUUGAGGUUUGGUUUAAUGUGCCUAAAACUAUUUAUUAGUUAUAUGGUGAGUGAGCGGAGACAUGGUUUAAGUAGUCCCUUUCAGGCUCGAAUUAAAUACAGCAGAUGGUUGAUUUCGUGCUGCGUGAUGUUGCUACCAGGUGGCGAUAUUUCACACAUCAAAAUCUUAUAGUGAAACGCUUUGUAACGCGUGAUAACGCGUUUAUAUAGACAUGACGUUUGUGUGCAUUCUGAUAGCCCAUCAAAUUGUUACCUAGUUUAUAUCAGUUAUUUUGAAAAUGAUUUCACUUGUGCGAUAUAAUACGUACGAAUGUUCAUGUGUCUGUUGGCAUGUUUCACGCCAUAACAGCUUAUUGUAAUAGAAUCAGAAAGCACUGCC